AUGCGCAGCGUAAAGUUGAACAAGGUCUGCGCCAUGUCCACCUCCGUACACGAUCAGGAUUUCGUCUCUCACCUGGCCCGCUCCUGUCCAGAAAAAGUGAUCCCUGCUUUCGGUGAGUGUGCGCUUCGCUGUGCUCCCAAAUCGAUGGUGUGGGGCGGCGCAGAGGGCAGAUUCGUGAGGGAAAAGGUUGCGCGCUUGUGCAUGUGGGCUUGCACACCUCGACGAAAUGCCAAAGCUGAGUGCACGCAUGACUCGCAUUCGUCGUAUUCCAACCCCCUCCUCUCCUCCUCCUUGCAAACAGGCUAUCAUCCCUGGUUCGCCCAUCAAAUCUCGCUCUGCAAUUCCACUACCAAAGAAGAUCAUUACCGUUCCCUCUUUCUCGCUCAGGCCGAUGCAGUACCCUCUUCCCGCACGCUGGAAGCGAAGAAGGAAUUGGAAGAUCUGCUUCCUCAUCUGCCCCGUCCUAUCGCCUUGUCCGACAUCAUCCAGACGCUUCGAAGGAAUCUGCAAGACCAUCCGACGGCUUUGGUGGGAGAAGUGGGAAUGGAUAGGAUUUUCAGAUUACCUAUGAGCGCGCAUGGAUAUACCAGGGAUCCCAGUCUGAGAUCUACAGGUGCGAAGGCGGACGAGGAGGGGUUGUAUUCGAUUACAGCGGAACAAGAGAAGCAGGAGGAAGAGGAAGCGGUCAACGAGGGCUCGGACGAGGUGCACGCGACUGGGCUUGCUCAAGAGGAUGCCCGUGUUCACGGACACGGACUAGGCAAAAGAAAUCGAGCUCUGAGUUCUUUGAGCACACCUCUAUCUCAUCAAUUGUCCAUCCUGAGCGCUCAAGUGCAAGUGGCCAUCUCUCUUCGACGAAGUGUCAGCUUGCACAGCGUCAAAGCUGGCGAUGCCACGUUGGCUUGGGUGCGGGAGAUGAAUAGACGUUGGCCUGGUAGCGGUCGACGAACGAAGCGUGUGCUGCAGCCCAGCAAGAAGGAGAAGCGGGAUAGGGAAAAGGCUUGGAGGGAGGGUAGGGGAGAGGAGAUUACGCAGAACGAUUUGAAAGAGGCUAUGAGCGACGAGAUCGUCUUUGGAUUUGAAGAUAUCAGUGAGUUGCAUAGAGCGGAGGAGCGGGGUUGCAUGGCAGAGGAGGUGGGGGCCCAUGGAGGGAGGCAUCCUCAUGGACAUUUCUCCUCCCUGGCGUGCGCUCCUCGCCUUUGGCUCAUCUCUCUCGACUCAUACUGCGCCUCGCGAUUACGUCACUCGCACGCAAGAUGUGGACCUGCACAGCUGCUCCCUCUCCGCCGAGAUGA